AUGUAUACCGUCCCGGUGGAUGCGGUCAUGGAGAUGUCUGAGAUUCGGCCGCAUGAGGCCUUGCUAUUGGACGGGGUGCUCAGCAUCUUUGACAGGACUACGAACAAGGCCAUGUUUGUCUCUCAUCAGUGGCUUGGGGUCGGCCAUCCAGAUCCGUGUCUUCAACAGUUUCGAAUCCUGCAAGAUGCCCUCCGGAACAUUUUGGAUGGAGUUUGCCGGAUCUCCGUGGACAUGGUCACAGAGGCCCUUUUCGGCUUGUCCAAGGCCAUUCAUCCUGAGGAGCUGUCUUCCCGACCAUUGCAUGUCUGGUACGACUACUUCAGCUGCCCGCAAAGCAAUCAGCGCCGCAGUGGGUCGCUGAAGGCUGCCAUCGACAGCAUCCCUGUGUAUGUGUCACGCUGCGACUUCUUUGCUGUUUUGUGCCCUCCGGUGGAGCACAUGGAUGAGUCAAAGGUUCUUAGCCGUGAAAGCUGGGCUCAGCGAGGUUGGUGCAGGGCCGAGCACACUUUCUGGAAUGUGUCAUCGGAAGGCAAGCCAGUGAUCUUUGUGAAAGGCCCACGGCAUGCCGAGGUAACGAUGCUUCCACAAUUCGACUCCGUGACAGAGGGCCCCUCUCAUUGGCAUGAUGCAGAUCUUUACCACUUCCUUGUAAUUACGCUUGCAUAUCGUCACAGUGUUGCCAUCCAGUGCAGCCAAGGCUCAUUUGGUGUGGAAGACGAUCGCGAAAAGGUGGCAGAGGUUCUGCGCCAGGCUAUUCGGAAGAGUCUGUUUUCGUGGUUGCGCCGCGGAAAGUUGGCUCAGUAUCGACUUCUCCUGAACCUGCAGAGUGUCUACCUUCGGAGCUGGGAACCUGACUUGCAGGAUGUGGUCCCCGGCUUUCAGGCUUCCGGUGUAGACCCGAAAUUGAUCGACUUGGAGCGGUUCCUUUUUCAGAACGGCUUCAGGCAUGCCUUGGAGCGUGAUGCUGUGGGCUGGUCCCCUUUGUGUUAUGCUGUACUCCAGGGAAACGCGUCCUUGGUGGCAGCCUUGCUUGAGCAGCAAGCAAACCCAAAUGACCAGACCCGCCGCAGCAACCCAGAUGUCUAUGUGGCUGGGCAUACUCCGGUGUUGGUGAUUGGUGCCAGAUUUCAGAAUCACAAAGCCAUGAAGGUGCUCAUAACAGCCCAGGCCGACAUUGAGGGUCGUGACUCUUUCGGCAGCACACCGUUGGUGGCUUCGGCUGUUUCAAGCGACGCAGUAGGUGCCCAGCUGCUAUGUGAGGCAGGCGCGAAUACUGACGUGAAGAAUAUGUUCGGAGUCAGUGUUUGUCAGAUUGCCUGCGAAGCCAAUGCCUUGGGUGUAAUGCGCGAGCUGCGCAGCAGGUCACCGAACUUGAGCCUUGCAGGCUGCGUGCAGUCCGCUUGCGCGGUACAUGGUUCCACAGCCCUGUUAAAGUGGUUGGUCAAUCAGCGAGCUGACAUCAACGAGCAGUACAAACCCCCGGCCUUCAGUCUUUUGGGCUUCUUAAUGAGGGUGAAAGGUGCCCAGUACAGGUUCGGCUUCUCAAGAACCAUGCUGAGUUUCUUCGCUUAUCACCACUACGGUGCUUCAGCCUUGAUGAGUGCCAUCUUGACAGGGAAUUUCGAAGCAGCGGCUGCCCUGGUGGCAAUGAAGGCCCGCUUGGACUUGCGAAAUUCCCGUGGCAAGACUGCCAAGGACUUGGCCAAUGACAUGGCUGUCCCGCCCUAUCUCGUGGAGCUUCUUGAUCAGCCGACAGGCGCCUUGGGUCUGACGUCAAUGGAGCCAUUGCGCUCUUUUGGGCUGGCAGAAUUUGAGCGCGAGGAGAGCGACUGUUUCGAGAUUUGA